CCUGAUAAUCAAAGUAGUUAAAAACGCUAUCUUAUAACUCCUAAAUAUAUUCCCUGGGUUCCUAUCAACCUCAGAUAUGGAUUCGCAAGAUUCGACCACUCGCCCAUUUAGAGUCAUCGUCGUCGGUGGUAUUAUUACAUACCUCCCAGGAGACUAAUAGCUGAGUACGCACCCAGGUAUGUAGGCAAAUCGGAAGGCUCUCGUAAUAACCGGGCCUGCCAUGCCAGAGAUUGGGUUUGAUACUAAUUUCAUAUACAAUACGCACUUUGCCUUUACGGUCAUGUCACAACCAGACCACGUAUUUACGUUCGUAACCUUCCGUCUCGAAGAAACGGUUACGUGGCCAAGGAGAGUGUUCUAUACCGCUCAAGAUGCCGAGCAGCUGGCCGAGUCGGUGGCCUCCUAUCCUGUUUGCGAGUCGCUGCUAUUCGGAGAGUUGUGGCGUAAGCGCGAGCGAGCCUCUCUUGUGAAUGUUGAGGAGGGUGUGCUAGAUAAAUGGCAUUGUGGUCGGAUUGUCCUUGCUGGAGAUGCUGCUCACAAGUUUACUUUCCACAUGGGUUUUGGCGGCAAUUCAUCAAUAGGGUCCAUAGCAACUCUAUGCAGCCAGCUAAAGAAGGAGAUUGCAUCUCACAAUGAGUCAAGUCUAUCCCUAAGUACGCUGGAACGCGUAUUCGAAUCCUACCAGACUAAGCGCCACGCACGAAUGAAAACGAUCAUGGAUUUAUCUCUCUUUGCCACAAGAGCUCUAACCUGGGAUACUCCAUUGACUAAACUAUUCUCCCGGUGGCUUUUCCCAUGGCUCCCCGAACGAUAUCUAACUGACCAAUUCAGCAAGAUCAUUAAGGGGGAGCCAAAGCUCGAGUAUAUCGGGACAAGUAGUUUUCCACGUGGCCGGCUGGCGUGGGAAGAUGAAGCGACGACCGGUUCUAAAGAUGAAGAUUUGGAAUAAGAACUUGUUUCUAUGUCUGAGUGCCUUAAGAGAGAGUGUUCAC